AUGUUUGGACCACCAUUAUCGCUAUAUGAAGGCGCCUAUCUUGAGGCCAUUUUACGCUUUCCAAAUGAGUAUCCAUACGCUCCACCAACAUUUCAGUUCAGUGAUCAAGUUUAUCAUCCAAAUGUCGAUAUUAAUGGUUUUGUCUGCAUAUCGAUAUUGCAUCCACCAUCGGACGGAGUGUCGCUAAGUGGCGAAUUACCAAGCGAACGUUGGAGUCCUGUCCAGAAUGCCCGUUCGAUCCUCUUGUCGAUUGUAUCGUUGCUAGACGAUCCCAAUGAAUUGUGUCCGGCCAACACUGAGGCGGCUGAUACGUAUCGUCGCUGGCGUGAUCCGAAGAUUAUGGAUAUGACUUAUCCGAAUAAAGUGCGCCAAUUGGCGAUCGAGAGCAAUGCUAAGGCCUUACGUAUGGGUAUAAUUGUGCCGACAAAAUUAGAGGAUUAUUGCCUAAAAGCACCAAUUGAGCCGGAGCUAAACGACGUACUAAAUGAUACACUUUUUAAUGAUUAUGAUGAAGACGAUUCUAGCAAUGAGGAUGAGUAUAGUGAUGAUGACUACGCUGAAGAUGGUGAUGGUUAUAAUGAUAGCAAUGGUGAUGGGGAUGGUGAGGAAGGCGAUGAUGAUAAUGAUGGGGAUGGUGAUGGGGAUGGUGAGGAAGGUGAUGCUGAGGAAGAAGAUAAUGAAGAGGAUGAUGAAGAUGACGAUACUUCUAUUGAUAUUGAUGAUCAUGAGUCGGAUACCAACGAUUCUUAG